AAUCAAUCCAACAAUCGUAGUGAUAAUACUGCCGGACAACCAUCAUCUGAAUGUUUUGAGCAACAUUCAAGGACACGUCACAAACCGAGUCAGGCUAGGGAUGCUGAAAGCACUGGAAACGAAUCUCAUGCUUGACCAUUCUUAUGAUGAUGUCCUGUCUUUUCAUAUAUUCUCUAUGCAGGCUUGUGUUUUCUUUUAAUGUUUUAUUUUGUUUCCUUCGUUUCCCGUUGUAUUUAUUUUUAUCGAGCUUUUGCAUAUAAACACAUUUCAUAGGCCGUUGUUGUUGAAGCCCUAUUGGUUUCAUCGUGGCUUUGCGGCUUUGAGCAAUGAACAAGUGAGGUCGUCGCGGGAUGAUAUGGAUUGU